CGCGAGAAAGGAGGCGCGAGGGCUUUGCUUUCCCAGAAUCCCUCCUUGCCUCCCUCUUCUCAGUCAGUCAGUCAGUCAGUCCAGAGGCAGCGCGGCAGCCGCUGGGAGCGCGAGGCACCUUCUUCUCCAUCCUCCUCCUCCUGCGUCUCUCUCUGGUGCGCCUCGCGCCGUCCCUCAGCCCGCCUUUUGAGGAGCGGGGGAAGCGGGGAGGGCUGAGGAGAUGCCGCCUCCGCUUCCUCCUCCUCCUCCUCCCCGAGUCCCGCGCCUGUGAGGCUGGGCGGCGUUGGCGUUGGCGGAGGAUGCCGGGCGCGGUGUCGGCGGUGGCGCCCCCGGGCAGCCCUGUCGGGGCGGGGGGCCUGGCCACGGCGCUGACUUCCACGGCGCCCUCGCUGCUCGCGGCCUCGCCCCCCUCGUCCGCGCCGCUCCCGGCCUCGCCCCCGGCCCCCGAGGCGCUGCUCCUCCCGGCGCAGGAGGCGGCCAAGCUCUACCAGAGCAACUACGUGCGCAACUCGCGGGCGAUCGGGGUGUUGUGGGCCAUCUUCACCAUCUGCUUCGCCAUCGUCAACGUGGUGUGCUUCUUCCAGCCCUACUGGAUCGGCGACGGCGUGGAGACCCCGCAGGAGGGCUACUUCGGGCUCUUCCACUUCUGCACCGGCAGCUCCUUCUCGCGGGAGCUCACCUGCCAGGGCAGCUUCACGGACUUCUCCAGCCUGCCCUCGGGCGCCUUCAAAGCCGCCUCCUUCUUCAUCGGCCUCUCCAUGGUGCUCGUCAUCGCCUGCAUCGUCUGCUUCAUCCUCUUCUUCUUCUGCAACACCGCCACCGUCUACAAGAUCUGCGCCUGGAUGCAGCUCACCUCCGCUGCCUGCCUUGUCCUUGGCUGUAUGAUUUAUCCUGAUGGCUGGGAUGCCAAAGAGGUGAAACGGAUGUGUGGUGACAAGACAGACAAGUACACGCUGGGCGCUUGUUCGAUCCGCUGGGCGUAUAUUCUGGCCAUUAUUGGAGUCCUGGAUGCCCUCAUCCUCUCAUUCCUGGCAUUUGUACUUGGCAAUAGACAAGACAGCUUACUAGCGGAAGAACUCAAACUGGAAAACAAAGAUGAUGGGAAUGCUUAAAACAAGCAAAGGUAGUCUGAAACUGACUAAUUUCUGCUAAGCCAAUCCUCACUAGAAUGAGCACAAAACAAAACCGAGUAAACAGCUUUUGUACAUCUACAUUAAAUGAGAAGAAGCCUGUGACGGAGACCUGUGAUGAAGGAGAACAUUGACGAAUGUAAAAAUGUCUGAUUGCCACGAGCUGCCUUCUAAACAUAGAUCAGCCAGACAUGCAGUGGUUCUCUGGAGAGAGAUUCAAUCAUGGAUUUACCCACCAGCUCAUUAGAAACUGUCGCUGAAUGCAACAUUCGGAAAGGCAUGCAUGAAAAGUCACAUAAGGGGAAUAAAUUUUAAAGGGGGUAUCGUCGUUGCUAGGUAAACACAUUAAUAUACAUGAAUCAAGGAGGUUUGUACACUUUUCUAAAAAAACAUAUUUGACUGAAAAGCAGAAUAUUUUAGAAUAAAACAUUUCAGGGGGCAGAGGUAGUUAACUCAGCGAAUUCCUCUUCCAGUAGCCAGGAAGCAGAUGAGGCAUCGCGUUUAGCUGAGCGUCUUUACAAACAAAACUCUUGUCUUUCUCAUGCUACAGAGGAAAUGGUGUAAGCUGUGAUCUACCAUUUUGGCACAUCUCAUUUGGCCUUCAUGUUUGCAGUGACCUAGAAACCUCUCAACCUCUGAGUUCUGUCUGCUCUAUAGGAAAUGUACAAUGCAGUGGCUCUUUCUGACUUGAUUUCUCAUUCUGCUGAGGUGCAUGUGCCAUAUGGUGGUGGUUCCCAUGUUGUAUUAGAAUACAAAAUAUAUUAAGAGUAGGAAGAGAGAUGAUACCUCUGGAUAAUGAUACCUUACAUGGUAUUUUCCAUAUUCAUCUGAAGAUGGUAUUCUUAGCCCUUAAAGGUCCUAUGUCUGCAUUUUCUUCUUUGGCUCCCCGAUGCAAUGUCAGUGGGACAGGAAUUAAGAAGCAAGAGAGGAGUGGGAAGGGCUUGUUUCUGGACCAUAGUCCUGGGGGAGCUAGCUGGUAAUCCAUUGGGAUAGAUGUCAGCACCGAUCUCAGCUAAGACCCAAGAGCAGUGACUCACAGGGUCAGAUCUAAGAAAAGGUGCCCCUUUUCUCUCUUCCUGAUGCUUUUCCCUUGCCCAGUGGGCUGUUGGAGGAGACAAAGAUCUUGCCACUAGUCUGAAACCAGUGGAUGUCGAAGCAAGUUGAGGCUUCGUGACAUUAGCUUGAGAGCUACAGGCAAGUCAUCUUGAUCUAAGAUAAGAUCAGGCUAGAGCUUUUGGUAAGAAUAACAGCCCCAACCAUUUUGACAUCUUGGGCUGAAAAUCCAAAUUGGUUUUUUGUUUUUUGUUUUUAAUAGAAAAAUGAAAUAUUUUAAAAAACAGAGCCUUUAAUGCCCUUCCCCAAUGCAGCUACCUCGUCUGCCUCAUGUUUGAGCUAGCCCGGGUUGGAAGUAGGGUAAAGAUUGUUGGAGAGCUUAAUAUUUUGUGAAAUGCACACAGCCUAAACUGUUUGGGAGCCACUACUAUAAGGGAUACCAUUUUGGAAAACAUAACACAGUAAGUUCAUAAGCAACAUGGUGUAGUUCUUGGUGUCAAAAUGUAAUAAUACAUGACACUCGUGCCGUUUUCUCGUAAUAAAUGAACUUUCUUUUCAAGUAACAAUGAAGAGAUUAUUGGCUAUAGACCCAGGGUUCUAGCCUCUUGGCAAGACUCAAAACAGAAAGUGGUACACUUGUGACAGUAACUUCUUUGUUGUCUCAUGCAGAUCAAGGAAUGUUUUUCUAUGACUCCAUUACAACAUUUGCUAUUCUAUAAGGCUACAUACCAUGCCAGUUCCUUCUGGAAAUUGGUUUGAAUGGGACAAAUGCAUAAGAGGAACAAAAUAUGGUUGACUUGUAGGUGGUUGUCAUGUAUGCUCAUUGAUGUAGAAUUAGCUUCAGCAGAUGUUAGAGCUCCCAUCUUUUUGCUCCAAUGCUGCAUUUAAAAAACCUGGCUUAAUAGUAAUGGAUUAUAAAUCCAAUUCUCUAAUAACAAUGUGUACCCAUUGCUUAAAUUCGCACAAGACUUAAGUAUUACUUAUGCGAGACAGAAAGUGGUAACUGUUUGCUACUGAUGUCAUUCCACAAGAUGUUGCUCAUCCUUUCUGACUCGUAUCCAUCACUGCAUUUAGCAUAAGAGAAGUACACUGUAAUAGCCAAGCCUUUUUAGAUGAACUAGGUUUUACAUUUUUACAGUUUUGAAUAAAUCUGUAGAAAGCACUUUGUGGUUAAAAACUAUCAUUUCUCUGCUUGGAAAUGUCUAUGCCAUGCUAUCAACGUAUAAAUAAGGAUUUAUUUUUCAGUAAAUCGUUUCUUUUCUCUCUAGGUACUUAUGUAGCUCCUAGCAUUGUAAUAUUUCAAUGCUAUUCACUGUUUGCCAGCGGAAGUUGCUGAUAACAUUGUGAUGUAACUUAAGUAGAUAUUCCAAGCUUCUUUCCACAGUUGAGCUGCAUAAUGUGAUUCCCAUCUGCGGUUCCAAGGACAAAAUGGCUCAUCAAGAGCUUGAACCAAAGUCAACGGGAAACCUUCACUCUUCUUGAACAGCCUGGAGAAACUCCUAAAAUCUUCAGAGAUGGUUAAAAAUAAAUGUCAUGUGUACAGUUAUAUACAAUACAUUAUUCAUUAGAGUGACAAUACCCAAUGAAUCUAGGUAUCUAGAUGGUUCAGAUAUAAUAAAUAUGAUUUAAAGACAUAAAUAUUAGACAUCUGCCAAGGAAGGCAGUCUUGCACUCUCUCAAGAGCAGCAAAACUUAUUCCAUAUCUCGGUGUUUACAUUUUGUCAACUGACAAUAACCAAUUGUAUAAAACAAUUUCAGAACAGGUGACAAGGAAGUAUAAUGGGUUAGAUCCAGAUUUAAUCGUUAUAGAAUAGGCCAAAUAGAAAUCAGGGCAACACAAUUAUUCUUUCUUAUUCCUGUUAAAAUCAAUGGGGUUUCAUGACUAAAGAUUUCAUUUGGUUCACUCUGAAUAUGAUUCAAUCUCCAUCAAGCCCAAUCAUUUGAGGACAUGAAAUGUUUAUCAAGAUAUUACAAUGGAGGGGGACAAUUUUCACUGAGAAUCCAUGUGCUUCUAAUAAUAUAUCACUCCAUCAUCAGAUUUAUGGAGUAGUUCUGUGAGUUUUUCUGUCGUCCUGGUUCUUGUUUUUAUUGGUCAGCUUUGUUAUGCUAGAAUCACCCAUUAGUCUCAAAUGUUGUAAACAAGAUUGUUAUCUGAAUGUUUUCCAGUAUUGCCCUGACUGUUUCUUUCAUGGGCUUAUGUAAUGCUUCAAGAUCAUGACAGCCAUAAUUCUACUGCAAUGGAAGUGAUAAUAAUGGGUCAUAAGAAUAAAGUUCAGCAACAUGUAGCAUAAUUCUAA